CAGAAAUCUCGCUUAGGAUGUAGGAACUGUAAGAAGCGGCGUGUGAAGGUGAGUCUCCUUACGCUGCCAUCUAUUUCCCCUUAUUACCUGUACUUUUGGCCCUCCUGCAACCUCCUUCCGAGAUAUAUCUCCCCGCAAUGGAACGGAUUCUCAGUCUUUUCUGCUCUGCUCUUUGCCUAUCUUCGGAUCAAUACGAUCUAUUGGAACAGGAUAUCUCCGGAUACGAUACUGACACGUUCCAGUGCGACGAGAAGAAACCUAUCUGCACCAACUGCUCGCAGCAUUCAAUUGAAUGUGACUUCUCGAGCCCUCCUGUACUUCCAUCUCAGGGUUCAGCAGCAUCCUCACCUCCCACCCGACGAUAUCGUUUCAAACAGUCUAAGUAUCAGCCCCUGGCAGUGCCAUCACCAUCCGAUAGCAAUCAGUCACCAGACUCCACAUCCACUGGGGUCCAAUGUGAUCUGUCCGCAAGCCAUCACGCAAGCGGCGGAAUCUCGUUCGCCGAUUUAGAACUCUUCCAUCAGUUCAUCACCGCAACUUAUAUCACCUUCGGAGAUGUAACAGAAAAGCACAGAGCGAUAUGGCAGGUCCAUGUACCACGCUGGGGGAUUUCCUUCCCCUCCAUUCACCAUCUUAAUCUCGCCAUUGCGGCGUUGCACCUGGCCCAUGAGAAUCCCGACCGCCGGGACGAGUACGUGGCGAAGGCGGAUAGCCACUUCACGUUCGGUGUUCGAUCCGUCACCAAUAUCCUGUCGAAGCUCGACUCCGACAACUGCCAGAUGGUCUAUCUAUCCGCUGUGCUUAUUUGCUUUAUCUAUUUUGCCCGCGGGCCCCGCCGCGGCGAAUACCUCGUGUUCAGCGAGACCGGGCAAUCGGAAUGGCUCGUCCUGAUGCGAGGCGUUCGGUUCAUCCUGUUUUCCAAACCCCAGGAGGUUUUCUCUGGAAUUUUGGAUCCCGGGGAACAAGAAAAGCCGAAGAUGACUCCGGCGCUGGAAACGGAAUUGCUCGAGCAGAAAGUUCAUCUCGCUGCUGCGCGCCAGUUCCUCGAGGAAUCUGUUCCCGAGUCUGAAAGGGAGCUCUACGUUUCGGGGAUGGAGAAGCUUAUGGUUUCCUUUGAAGAAAUGCACAAUGUCCGCAGCAUCAAGGGUGAUGGAGCAUGUCUGAUGCCUGCGGUCAUCGGAUGGAUCUACCGACUCCCGGAUACCUUUGUGCAGCGAUUGGAGGAUAAAGACUCUUUUGCGUUGGUUAUACUAGCUUAUUGGAGUGUGAUGUUGAAGUAUAUGACGCCGACGUGGUUUAUGGAGGGAUGGGAUGUGCAUGUUAUUUCGGGGAUUCGAAAUUCUUUGAGGGUAGAUUAUCAUCAGUGGAUUGAGUGGCCUGUGAGGACGAUUUGUGGGGCGUGAUUUUGGGGAUUAUCUGGGUUGCUCGUCCUUCUUGUAUUUUCUCUUGACCUGUCAUAUACCGAUUCUGAAUACCC